AUGAGUCAGGAACAGAAAGAGAAAUUGGAGAACAGCGGACUUGUCGAAUGGUCAGUAUUCUCAGAAUUAGUGGCAAUGGAUGAAGACGAGGAAGAAUUCUCAAAAGGGUUGUGCCAAACAUUUGUAAAUCAAUUCAAGGAUACAGCUCAAGAGAUCGAUGAUAACUUGAAAGAGAAGAAUUUGGAAAAGUUAUCUUCCUUAGGGCACUACCUAAAAGGUUCAGCUGCAGCGUUGGGAUUGAAAUCUAUUUCUUCACAGUGUGAGAGAAUUCAAAAUUAUGGUCACCGUGUCAACUUUGACAAUUAUAAGCCAGAGAAUUCAAUUGACGAGGACAAGGAUGAAUUCUGGAUAAGCUUAAUCCAGGAUGCAGUUGAUAAGGCUAAGAGCGGGUUCAAAGAAUCGAAGGCAGCUCUAGACGAGUAUUUUGAAGACGAAUUAUGA